AUGAUUGUCUCUGUCGCUAUCACUGCGGUGGCAUCUCAUUCAAUGGGGAAAGCAGUUCGCCUAUCCAAGGAGCAGUCGGUGCUUCAAGCCCCAAGUUCGGUAGAUUGGAGAGAGAAGGGUGUCGUAACUCCUGUCCACAAUCAAGGUGAGGUGUCCUCAUCUCUGCUAUUCGGAUUUCUGGAUGCAUUGGAAAGCCACUACGCUAUCGAGCAUCAGGAUCAUUUGGAAUACGCCAGUGCAGCCGAACUCAUAGAUUGCUGCGGUCAAGAUGCCCAUUUCGUAGGCAACAUCUAUGCCUGCGUCCAGAAGCUGGGUGGACUUUGCAGUAACAGCACUUAUGUCCGAAAGCCUGGAACAUGUAACAAAGACUCAUGUACGCCAAUGUUCACGUUCAAACAUGAAGUGCAGGUUCUACGUGGCAGCGAACGAGCACUGCAAGCAGCUGUGACAGCGCAACCAGUAAUGGUGACCGUAGAUGCUAGCGAUGCUGACUUCAGGGUGUACAGAGGUGGAGUUCUAACGGAUGCGAAGUGCAGUUCAACAAGACUUGACCACUCCAUGCUGGCUGUUGGCUUCGGGGAGACGAGCGAUGGAGUGAACUACUGGAUCCUGAAGAACUCAUGGGGUGCAUCUUGGGGUGAACAUGGAUAUUUACUUCUUGCCAAGGAUCAUGGCAAUAUGUGUGGUGUGGCAUCAGAGGCAACGUUCCCUGGUGCAUGA